CAACUCCACGCCGCCGCCGCUCUCAUCGCCACCUGUCCUGUCUCACACGCAGCGACACCUGCUAUAAAACAAUCACCCACCCCCCAACUCGUCAAAAUAGGACACAUCGCCAUCCGUACUCCCCGCGUGCACCUCGCCACAAUGUCCUGGCACGUCACGCGCAGGGAUAUCCUCCUCAUCUUGAUCCUCAUCUUGCUGUUCGGCCUCUUCCUACAGCUCGACCUCAGCUUCCGCUUCACAAACUCGAACGGAUCCGACUCGCUCCUCGGCUUCCGCCUCGGCGUCGGAGGUCGUAAAGGCUGGAGAGGCAACUCUGGCGUCCACCGCCUCCCCGACCUCACCGAGGAGGCGCGCGAGGGCGGCGUCACCACCGGCAUCUCGGACGCCAAGGUCAAGUGGGGCGAUGAGGGCGCCCAGCGCACAGAGGUGCUGGCGCAUGCGCCAGGAUGGACCAUCUUCGACGACAUCUACCUCCUCAACGGCACGUUCUACAUCGUUACCGACCACCCUUCCAGCAUCCCCCUGCUGCGCAUGAUGGCGUCGACUGGGCGCGAGAUCUGGAACGACGAAGAGUCGAUCAAGGGGCGCGAACCUACCGAACGCGACAUGCGCAUCGUGUUCCCCUCCGAAGCUAAGAAGCUCUGGGGCCACUCGGCGUCGCGUGUCUCCGGCACCACGUUGCUCGUCAACGACCCGCCCCAGUUCCUCGACCACUACUACCACUUUGCCGCCGAGCUGCUGUUCGGCCUCUGGCGCACGUACUCGUCGCUCGACCCGUCGAUCGACGCGUUCGGCAAGACGCACUUGCCCGCACCCGCCCGCAUGAUGAUGCCCCACGUCCAGGCGGGCAAGUGGAACGACUACGCCAAGAUGAACUCGUUCCUCACGCGCGCAAUCUUCCCGGCCAUGAGCUACGAGUACCAGAACGACUUCCACGACCGCACCGACACUGGCCGUGCGUACGUGUUUGACCGCGUCGUGUUUGCCGACCGUGCGGCCGCCUUCCGUGGCCCCGAAUUCGCCAAGACGUGGCGCACGGCCGCCGAGGCUGUCGCCGGCUUCCGCGGAAGCAGGUACUGGUGGGCGCCUGUCCGUCGCAACCUGCUCGAGUUUGUCGGCUCCAGCGCCGGCGUCCACGAAAUCAACCUCGACGAGUACGGAAUCGGUAUCGACGAGCUCGACGAGGACAUCUCCGACGUCACCGCCCUCGAGGAGCACAACAAUGUCAACGACCAGAACGACGCGCCGCAGUUUGUCAAGCGCGACCGCGACGAGAACCGCCUGACCAAGCGCGAGGCCGCCGCCGUCAAGAACAACAAGCUAGCGACGAGAAACCCCGGCACGCCCGUCAUCACCUACGUCUCGCGUCAGGACUGGGGUCGUCGUAUGCUCCUCAAGAAGGACCACGAGGGGCUCGUCGCCGCGCUUGAGGGCCUCGAGAAGAAGUAUGGCUGGGAGGUCAACAUUGUCGCCAUGGACAAGCUCUCUCGCGACGACCAGAUCCGCCUGGCUGCCCGCACGACCAUCAUGAUGGGCGUCCACGGCAACGGUCUGACCCACCUCAUCUGGAUGAACAACCUCAACCCCCGCGCUACAGUCAUGGAAUUCUUCUACCCAGGUGGCUUCGCCUUGGACUAUAGUUUUACUUCUAGAGCGCUCGGAAUCCGUCAUUACGGCUGGUGGGGCAACGAGAGUUUCACGGCGCCGAACACGCCGCCGGUCGCCUACCCCGAGGGCUUCCAGGGCAACGAGAUUCCGCUCGACGGCAAGGCGGUCGCCGACCUGAUUGAGCAGCGUCUGCUGGUCGACCGCGCGGGGGCAUGAUUGCCACGGACACUUUAUUCUCAUCACUGCACGUCUGUUCGCGCAGAACAGGCCACAAACACACACUCUCAUUUUUGCGCGCGAGCGCUUGUCAUAGAUUAGCUAGAGGGGGUUUAGCUAGCCCCCGCGGCGACAAAACAGUUAUAGUGGGCGGCGGUGCGGUUGCGCUUGUGGCCGUGGGCGGCCGCCCUUUGCCGCGUUGGAUACCGCGUUGGACAUUGCGAAUGAAUCAUGUUGUCAGAG